GGAGGAAGGCUGGAGGUCAGUGAUAUGUGAAUGGAAGAUGGAUGUGUGAAGUGUGUGCAGCAGUACAGUGAGCUGAGCAUUACUCUAAACGACUCUUGAACACUUUGGCUGUGGCUUUUCGGCUAGCGACAUGACUGCUUUUGAUUUUUCCGACGUGGAGGCAUUUUUGGAUUGCCAUCCGGAGCUUUUUGAGGAAUAUCUCCUCAGGAAGGGAAAAUGUGACACAUUGAGCAGAUGGCUCAAAGAGCAUCAGCCAUCCAAAACCUCUCCUGUGGAGGAGAAACGCGGGGUCGCGAGGGAUCCGUUCUGGCCCACGAACCCCGAUGGACUGAAGCGCAGAUCGUCCCACAUGGAGCUCCGCAGGAACUUCGCUCGGUCCAAAGCGAUGACGGCGCACCGGACCUACGACGAGCACGUCAGUCUCACGGCUCACGAGUCUCAGUCGAGUAUGCGACGGCGCGCGCUCCUGCGGAAAGCCAGUUCGUUACCGCCGACCACCGCGCACAUCUUGAGCGCGCUGCUCGAGUCCCGGGUGAACGUGCCUCAAUAUGCAUCCAGCGCCAUUGACUUCAAAUACAGACUCAAAGAGUCCAACGAGAGGGAGUUCUUCCUCGAGCUGGUUAAGGACAUUUCUAACGAACUUGACAUGACGAACCUCAGCUACAAGAUUCUUAUCAAUGUGUGCAUCAUGGUAAACGCAGACAGGUGUUCGCUUUUCCUAGUGGAGGGACCGUCUCAUAAGAGGACGCUGGUGUCCAAAUUUUUUGAUGUGCACUCGGGUACGACGGUGCGACCCUCUUCAAGCACUCUGGACUCAAACGAGGUGCAGGUUCCGUGGGGAAAAGGCAUCAUAGGUUAUGUAGCAGAACACGGAGAAACCGUCAACAUCCCGAACGCAUACGAGGACCAUCGGUUCAGUGAUGAAAUUGACAAGCUGACGGGCUAUAAGACUCAGUCCAUUCUGUGCAUGACCAUCCGCAACAGUGACGGUGAAGUCAUCGGUGUAGUGCAGGCCAUCAACAAGAACCCCAGCGGAACUCCAUUCACAGAGGAUGAUGAGAAGGUGCUGCAAAUGUAUCUACCAUUCUGCGGAAUAUCGAUCUCCAACGCCAAACUCUUCUCUGAAUCCCGCAAGGAGUAUGAGAGGAGCAGGGCCCUGCUGGAGGUGGUGAAUGAUCUGUUUGAGGAGCAGACGGACCUAGAGAAGAUCGUGAGAAAGAUCAUGCAGCGUGCGCUGACAUUGCUUCAGUGUGAGCGCUGCUCUGUGCUUCUGCUAGAAGACAUCCAUUCUCCUGUAGUCAAGUUCUCCCAGACGUUUGAGCUCAUGUCUCCACUGUGCACCGUUGAUCAUGAUAUCAGCAUGGAGAAGGUGUCUUGCUCAGACUGGCUGAUCAAUAACAGCAUUGCUGAGUUGGUAGCAUCAACUGGGCUGCCUGUUAACAUCAGUGACGUCUGUCAGGAUCCCCGCUUUGAUGCUGAGGCAGACCAGGCUUCUGGUUUCCAUAUCAGAUCAGUUUUAUGUGUCCCUAUCUGGAAUCGGACACAUCAGAUUAUUGGUGUUGCCCAGAUUCUGAAUCGCUUGGACAGGAAGACAUUUAAUGAUGCAGAUCAAAGAUUAUUUGAGGCAUUUGUUAUUUUCUGUGGUCUGGGUAUUAACAACACAAUGAUGUACAACCAGGUGAAAAAGACUUGGGCCAAGCAGUCUGUGGCUCUAGAUAUGCUGUCCUAUCAUGCUACAUGCUCCAAGGCAGAGGUUGAUCGACUGAAGGCUGCUAAGAUUCCUCUAAGCAGUGAGCUCGGGAUCGAUGAGUUCCACUUUAAUGACUUUUCUCUGGACAACGACGCCAUGAUCACUGCCUCCCUGCGGAUGUUUUUGGAGCUUGGUGUCGUGCAGAAAUUCAAAAUUGAUUAUGAGGUGCUGUGCCGCUGGCUGCUUACCGUGAGGAAGAACUACCGCACCGUAGCCUAUCACAACUGGAGGCAUGCCUUCAACGUCUCACAGUGCAUGUUUGUUAUGAUCACCACUGCUGGGUUCCAGGAGGUGCUGACAGAUACAGAGACUCUCGCUCUUAUGGUUGGGUGUUUCUGCCAUGACCUGGACCAUCGGGGCACAAAUAACGCCUUUCAGGCAAAGUCUGGGUCAGCACUAGCGCUGCUGUACGGAACAUCUGCUACACUAGAACAUCACCAUUUCAACCACGCUGUCAUGAUCCUGCAGAGUGAGGGUCACAACAUUUUUGCUAAUCUGUCCUCCAAAGAGUACAGCAACAUGAUGCAGCUACUGAAACAGGCCAUUCUGUCCACAGAUCUCACUCUGUAUUUCAAAAGAAGAACCCAGUUCUUUGAGUGUGUUCUGUCGGGGCAGUUCAGUUGGAGUAAUGAAGAACAUAGAGACAUGUUCAGAUCUAUGCUGAUGACUGCGUGUGACUUGGGUGCAGUGACCCGGCCAUGGGAAAUCUCAAAACAGGUGGCCGAAUUGGUGACCAGUGAAUUCUUUGAACAAGGUGACAGGGAGAGAUCAGAGCUGAAACUGACACCAGCUGCAAUUUUUGAUCGCAAUCGUAAAGAUGAGCUUCCUGUGCUUCAGCUGGAAUGGAUUGAUGGAAUUUGUAAGCCAUUAUAUGAGGCUCUUGUGAAGUUGAAUAGGAAGCUUCAGCCAAUGGUAGAUGGAACUGAUGCCAACCGAAAGAAGUGGGAGGAGCUUUGUCUCUCCUAUCAGCAAACACGGAGAGCCUCUGAGUGUAUCUCCAGUCUGGAGCCAGGAGAGACAGAAUCCUCUCAGAGUUCAGACUCCACCCAUGAGCCAGAAUCAAGUCAGAGUGAGGCAACCAAUCAGAGUGAAGACUCAACCCACUGUGUGGAGCCAAAUCAAGCCACAGUAGCCAAUUACAAAUAAGAAUCGUGAUGUGACGAUUAAAGGACGGCCCACUGAGUCAAGGGUUCCCAAACUAUUUUGUCUGCCGAACCUCUUAUACGCUGAGAUUUUAAGUUAAUAUUUUAAUAAUUUAACAACAGAUCUGCAUAUUCACAAUUAUCUGAUGAUGGUUAAUGGUCAAAUAGCUUUAACAAAACAGAUCAAAUAUUUUAUCUUUUUUUUUUAAUUAUUAUUAUUUAUAUACUGCAUAUAUUUUUUUAUAUACUUUUGGACAUUCAUAAUAUACUCCAUUAUUUUGUCAUAUAUGGCGAUUUUAUGAGUGAUAUGACAUUUCAUUUCAUUAGAAUAAUUUUAUAUUCCAGCUGGUGAAAGGUACUAAGACCUUGUACAAGGUCUUUAUUAUUACUAUUAUUAUUAUUUUCAUUACUUUUUAACACACAUUGUAAAAAUUAAGUAAUUAAUAAUUGAUCAUUAUAAAAAUUUCUUUUUUUUACACUGACUUAAUCAUUUUACACAUCUUAAUUAAAUUGCAGCCUUGAAUGUGAUAAUAACACUAAGCCAUAUCAUGAUUUCUGUUUAAUUUUGAUGAAGUAUGCAACCCGAUUUAUUUAUUUUAGUUUUAGAUUUAAUUUCAUUAAUUAUUACUUUUUCAUCAACUCAUGAAGCCCCUGCAGUUCCCUCAUGAACCCCCAGGGGUUUGCGAACCCACAUUUGAGAAACCCCGCACUGAGUAAUGAGGUAUGUGACAACUUUGCUAUGUUUAUAUAUGAAAAAAACACAUUAUUAACCAACCUUUUUUUAUGUGGGCUGCUUUGAGAUUGACAGUAUUUCUAUUGAAAUACUUCAGGCAUUAACAGCACAAUUUAAAAACAUUAUAAAAUCUCUGUUUUUAAAAAGGAAAUGUUUAUUAAGAACCCAUAUUUUUGAGAUUUUAUCUCAGAAAAAUAUAUAUAAUAUAUAAUGGCAUAUGUGACAAAACUGUGAAUACGUGCAGGAAAUUCAAGUGCACAAAAACUGAAUGUGAGAAUUAGAAGUGUUUCAAAUGCUCAGAUGUUGUUCAGUGCUACUGAGUCUGUGCUGCUAUAUUGCAAGUUACAAAUUUGCUUUCACAAAGCCUGGCAUUAAUAAAUAUAAAACUGAGUUGCUGAUAGGAUUCCUAUGCUUGAGAUGCAGAAACUGAGCAUUGAUUUGAUGAAUGUAUAAAUUAAUAUCACUGUGAUCUUUUGCUGUUGUUUCUUUAGACUUGCAUGGAAGCAACACUGAACAUUGUACAUACAGUACGCAUUGUUUAAUGUUUGUGUAUGCAUCCUAAGUCCCAUGUGCCUGUCAGUCUGGUCCUCGUAAAACAGUAUAGGCUACAUUACUGCAACAUUCACUGGAAAAAUACAGUAAAUGUAGAUUUAUUGCACAAGAUCGCAUAUCAGUUGUUCAGCAAACAGAAGAUUAUCCAGAAUGAAUGUGAAGUCAUCUGUCUUAAACCAGCUAUUUGGGAUACGUCCUUGAUAGUCGAUUCCAAGAUGAACCAAAGUCAGUUAUCACAAUGCUAAAAACCUGAAUUUGUUGCAUGCAAAACUGAAACCUGUUGUUGGCAUGUGAGUUACAGUGUUUAAUUUUGUUACAUGUUACAAUUUACAAUAUGAAAUUUAUUGUAUUUUUUGAAUGCAUUACAAAUGCCAUGAAAUGCAUGCUGCAGUGCUUUGACUAAAGCAGCUUUAAAUGGGAGUUGUAGUCGGGUUGCGCUGCAGUCGUGAUUCUAUUGUUUUUUAUUUAUUUAUUCUUAUUUUUUAUGUGCACACAGUUAGAUUAUGCUCUUUCAGUUCAAUCUGUCUGCCUUAUUCAGAUGAAAUGUAAUUAUUUUUGCAUUUAUUAUGGAUUGACAUUUUAAAAAAGAAAUGAAAAGGAAAAAAUUUAUAUUCAUACACUAAAAAAGAAGGUCAGAAAUAGCUUUAUAUUUUAUUAGCUAACAUAAAAUGUUCAUGUUUGUUUCCGACCUAAAGGAUAAAAAAAAAAAAAAUAAUAAUAAUAAUAAAAAAGGUAAUUGCGACUUUUUCUUUCACAAUAUUGACUUUUUUCCCCGAAAUUCUAAUUUAUAUAUCAAAAAAAUCACGAAAAUCAAAACUGCAAUCAUAUACACAGAAAUAUAUAUUCUGAGAAAAAAGGUAAGAAUUGUGAGAUAUAAACUUGCAAUUGUGUGGGGGAAAAAGUUGUAAUCGUAAGAUAAAAAGUAGCAAAUAUUUUUUUUAUUCCAAAAAAAACAAAAAAACAGAAUUGUGAGAUAAAAACCCAGACUUGCGAGAAGUCAGAAUUCUGCAUUUAUAUACAGUAUUUUGCAAUUCUGAAUUUACAUCUUGUAAUUCUGCUUUUUGUUUACACCACAGAAUACAAAGUAAACUGACUUUUUAUUUUUUUCUCAGAACUGCGAGAAAAGUCAGAAUUAAGCAGUAUAAAUUCAAAGUUACCUUUUUUUCUUAUUUAUUUAUUUAUUUAUUUAUUCUGUGGUGACAAAACAGGCUUCCAUAUAUAUCAUACUUGGUGCCUCAGUGUGUCUCUUUUAGAGAGAUUCUCAUCCUGUAUUUCAGUGGAUCAUCCAUCAAAUGCCACAUGAAUGACUAUGAUAUACUGUGCAGUUUGUAAGAGGUACACAGGGUCUUUUCUUGCCAGACUGAUUGCUGGUCAUUUUCCUCAGGCUGUUUUGUAAAUAAAGAACACUGUGAUGCAAGCGA